AACAGACCGUUCCGUCGGCACGUCAGCGGUGUAAAACGCCGUAGACAGAUAGGCGGGGCGAAAGAGAAGUCAGGAGAGUGGCCCCAGUGCGUGUGUUGUAACGAACCAAACGGUUGAAAAAGCCCGAGCGAGACAACGCGAGUGUUUCAAUAUCCGAAGUGAAAACCCAAAUGGGGGUAACAGGAGAGUGAGAGUAACAGGACAAACUGGGGAGCAGUAGUUUCGGUGAAGUAGUUGUGUAUCAGCGGUUCGUGCAAGUGGAGUCUAACGGAGUAAUAAAUAUACAUGUGCGGCUGAAUAAUAAUAAUCAAAGGGCCCAGGGAGUUGUUUUCGCAUUAUUGUAUGUCGAGAGCCGACGAAUUCCGUUGGUUGACGACCACUCGUGUUGCUGGAUUAAUUCGAUAAUCCAAUAUAAAUAAUAGGAAAAAAAAAGAGCAUUGGGUAAUCGAAGGGGGAAACGAAAAAAAUUUUCGAUCGUUUGAAGAGAGAGAGGCACGUUCUGCUCGGCAAGAUCCUUUAUUAUUGUGUUUUAUUCCUCGGGAAAGUGGAAAUAAAAUCGCCCAACGGGGGAAUUAAAAAAAAAAAAGAAUCAGGACGCAUUGUGCGGUUACCAGCGCUAAACAAAAAUGGCGGACGGUGAUUCGAGGGUAGACCGGUCUGAUCCGGAGCUACGAUACUUAUCUGUGGAUAGAAAUAAUUUUAAUGAUCCAGCGACUCAGGCUGAAUGGACACAGAAGAAAUUAGUUUGGGUGCCACAUGAGACACAGGGUUUUGUCGCUGCUGGGAUUAAGGGCGAGAGGGGUGAUGAGGUCGAAGUGGAAAUUGCUGAGACCGGUAAACGUGUGCUCGUUGCUAAGGAUGAUAUACAGAAGAUGAAUCCACCCAAGUUUGAUAAGGUUGAGGAUAUGGCUGAGCUCACUUGUCUCAAUGAGGCGUCUGUACUUCAUAACCUCAAGGAUCGGUAUUACUCCGGGCUCAUCUAUACGUACUCCGGCCUGUUCUGCGUCGUUGUCAAUCCUUACAAGAGACUGCCAAUUUACACAGAAAAAAUCAUGGAGAGGUAUAAGGGGAUCAAGAGGCACGAGGUACCACCGCAUGUUUUCGCCAUCACUGACACAGCUUAUCGUUCCAUGCUACAAGAUCGUGAGGACCAAUCAAUUCUGUGUACUGGUGAAUCUGGAGCUGGAAAAACGGAGAAUACAAAGAAAGUUAUUCAGUAUCUGGCGUACGUGGCUGCAUCAAAACCCAAAUCGAAUGCUACCCCAACUCCAGCGUUAAUCAUAGGAACCAGCGGCACAACGGAGAAAUUCGCGGGUGAAUUAGAACAACAGCUUCUCCAGGCGAAUCCAAUUCUGGAGGCCUUUGGCAACGCCAAGACAGUGAAGAACGACAAUUCCUCGCGUUUCGGUAAAUUCAUUAGAAUUAACUUCGAUGCAUCUGGGUACAUCGCAGGGGCUAAUAUUGAGACUUAUCUCCUCGAGAAAUCGAGAGCUAUUCGUCAGGCUAAAGACGAACGAACGUUUCACAUAUUUUACCAAUUACUGGCGGGUGCAUCCCCAGAGCAGAAGAAGGAAUUCAUCCUGGAGGAUCCUAAGCUCUAUCCGUUCCUCUCGAACGGUGCACUACCAGUACCAGGUGUUGACGAUUCAGCGGAAUUCGCCUCGACGGUCAAGUCCAUGAACAUCAUGGGAAUGACCCACGAGGAUUUCUCCUCGAUAUUCCGCAUUGUCUCAGCAGUGAUGCUUUUCGGUUCCAUGCAGUUCCGCCAGGAGCGAAACUCCGAUCAAGCAACUCUACCAGAUAACACAGUUGCCCAAAAGAUAUCUCACCUCCUGGGGCUCAACGUCACCGACAUGACCAAAGCCUUUCUGAAACCCCGGAUCAAAGUUGGUCGUGACUUUGUGACAAAAGCCCAGACGAAGGAGCAAGUGGAAUUCGCCGUUGAGGCCAUCUCCAAAGCGUGUUACGAGCGCAUGUUUCGUUGGCUGGUGAAUCGUAUCAAUAGGUCACUGGAUCGCACCAAAAGACAGGGUGCAAGCUUCAUCGGGAUCCUCGAUAUGGCGGGCUUUGAGAUCUUUGAAUUGAACUCCUUCGAACAACUUUGCAUCAAUUACACGAAUGAAAAGCUCCAGCAGCUCUUCAAUCACACGAUGUUCAUCCUGGAGCAGGAGGAGUAUCAGCGCGAAGGAAUCGAGUGGAAGUUCAUAGACUUUGGAUUGGAUCUGCAGCCGACUAUUGACCUGAUCGACAAACCCAUGGGAAUAAUGGCUCUUCUCGACGAGGAGUGCUGGUUCCCCAAAGCAACCGACAAGACAUUCGUUGAGAAACUCGUUGGGGCUCAUAGUGUUCACCCCAAGUUCAUGAAAACUGAUUUCAGGGGUGUCGCUGAUUUUGCUAUUAUUCAUUACGCUGGAAAGGUCGACUAUUCAGCUGCCAAGUGGCUUAUGAAGAAUAUGGAUCCUCUGAAUGAGCACGUGGUGAGUCUUCUUCAAGCCUCCACCGAUCCAUUCGUCUGUCACAUCUGGAAGGACGCGGAAAUUGUUGGGAUGGCACAGCAGGCACUCACUGACACUCAAUUUGGAGCGAGAACCAGAAAGGGAAUGUUUAGAACUGUCUCGCAACUCUACAAGGAGCAGUUGGCGAAGCUCAUGGUCACCCUGAGGAAUACAAAUCCAAAUUUUGUUCGCUGUAUCAUUCCGAAUCAUGAGAAGAGGGCUGGAAAGAUCGACGCACCACUGGUUUUGGAUCAGCUCAGAUGCAAUGGUGUAUUGGAGGGGAUUAGAAUUUGUCGACAGGGUUUCCCCAAUAGGAUUCCCUUCCAGGAGUUCAGGCAGAGAUACGAGCUCCUCACGCCCAAUGUCAUUCCCAAGGGCUUCAUGGAUGGUAAAAAGGCCUGUGAGAAGAUGAUUCAGGCUCUCGAGCUCGAUCCUAAUCUCUACAGAGUGGGACAAUCUAAGAUAUUCUUCAGGGCUGGUGUUCUUGCGCAUCUUGAGGAGGAACGUGACUACAAGAUCACUGAUCUUAUUGUUAAUUUCCAGGCAUUCUGCAGGGGAUUCCUUGCCAGGAGAAAUUAUCAGAAGCGUCUCCAGCAGUUGAAUGCCAUUCGAAUUAUUCAGAGAAAUUGCGCUGCUUAUUUAAAGCUCAGAAAUUGGCAGUGGUGGAGGCUCUACACCAAGGUGAAGCCUCUGUUGGAGGUGACUAAGCAGGAGGAGAAAUUGACUCAGAAGGAGGACGAGUUGAAGCAGGUGAGGGACAAAUUGGAGAUGCAGUUGCAUUCGGCUCAGGAGUAUGAGAGGAAGUAUCAACAGGCGAUCGAGGAGAAGACGAUGUUGGCUGAGCAGUUGCAGGCCGAGGUGGAGCUUUGCGCUGAGGCUGAGGAGAUGAGGGCAAGGCUCGCUGCGAGGAAGCAGGAGCUCGAGGAGAUACUCCACGAUCUCGAGGCUAGAAUCGAAGAGGAGGAGGAACGGAGUACAGCACUGAAUCAAGAGAAGAAAAAACUCCAGCUGAACAUCAGUGAUCUUGAGGAGCAGUUGGAGGAAGAAGAGGCUGCGAGACAGAAGCUACAGCUAGAGAAGGUCCAGUGCGAUGGAAAGAUUAAGAAAUUGGAGGAAGAUUUGGCAUUGUCUGAGGAUACUAAUCAGAAGUUGCUGAAAGAGAAGAAGAUUCUGGAGGAGAGGGCCAAUGAUCUUUCCCAGACACUCGCUGAGGAGGAGGAAAAAGCAAAACAUCUGGCGAAACUCAAAGCGAAGCAUGAGGCAACCAUUGCAGAUCUUGAAGAACGCCUGCUGAAGGAUCACCAACAGCGACAGGAGGUGGACAGAUCGAAAAGGAAAGUCGAGACUGAGGUGUCAGAUCUCAAGGAUCAGUUGUCGGAGAGGAAGACUCAGGUUGAGGAGUUACAAUUGCAAUUGGGUAAACGUGAGGAGGAGCUCAAUCAAGUGAUGCUGAAAAUCGAUGAGGAAGCGGCUGCCAAGGCACAAGCCCAGAAAGCCCUGAGAGAGCUGGAGUCUCAGUUGGCUGAGCUCCAGGAGGACCUGGAGGCGGAGAAAGUUGCUAGGAGCAAAGCUGAGAAACUCAAACGUGACUUGAAUGAGGAGCUCGAGGCCCUGAAGAACGAACUUCUCGACUCCCUCGACACAACAGCUGCUCAACAGGAGCUUCGGAGCAAACGCGAACAAGAGCUGGCGACACUCAAGAAAAAUCUCGAGGACGAGACUUCCCUGCAUGAAGCCACUGUUGCUGAUAUGCGUCAUAAGCACACACAGGAGUUAACUGUUAUAAAUGAACAAAUGGACGCUCUGAAGAAAUCAAAAGCGGCUUUGGAAAAAGCUAAGAGCACCCUCGAGGCUGAAACAGCCGAUUUAGCGACUGAGUUGAGAUCUGUUGGGGCGAGUCGACAGGAGUCCGAUCGCAGAAGGAAGCAGGCCGAGCAGCAGCUCGUCGAGCUCAAUGGAAAAUUGGCUGAGGUUGAGAGGAAUAAGCAGGAGCUCGCUGAGAGAGUUGCCAAACUCCAGGCAGAGGCUGAGAUCGUUUCUCAGCAGCUGGAGACUGCUGAAUUGAAGGCAUCAGCUGCUGUAAAAGCUUCAGCUGUCUGCGAGUCUCAGUUCACUGAGCUCACACAGCAGCUCGAAGAGGAGACUCGUCAAAAACUCGCUCUAUCUUCCAAAUUACGAGCCAUCGAGAGUGAUAAGGAGAGUCUUCAUGAUCAGCUUGAAGAGGAGGAGGAAGCUAAGCGUGCAUUGGAUAAACAGGUGCAGGCUCUUACGAUUCAGCUUGCUGAAGCGAAGAAACGAGGGGACGAGGAGGGUGAAGCUGCUGCUGCCCUCGAGGAGGCUAGAAAGAGGUGUAUGAAGGAUAUUGAGGCUCUUCAGCGUCAGGUCGAGGAGCUUCAAGCAGCGAAUGAUAAACUCGACAAGUCCAAACGAAAGAUUCAGGCUGAGCUCGAAGACAGUACGAUCGAGCUUGAGGUUCAACGAGGAAAAGUCAUCGAGCUCGAAAAGAAACAGAAAAAUUUCGAUAAAGUUCUUGCUGAGGAGAAGGCGGUGUCUGAGCAGUACGCAGAGCAGAGAGAUGCUGCUGAGAGGGAGGCCAGGGAGAAGGAGACACGAGUGCUGUCUUUAACUCGUGAGCUUGACGAGCUGAAUGAGAAAGUGGAAGAGCUGGAGAGAGGCCGAAGGGGUCUUCAAGCAGAGCUCGAUGAGCUCGUUAAUAAUCAGGGAACAGCGGAUAAGAAUGUACACGAGUUAGAGAAGGCGAAGAGAGCACUCGAGUCGCAACUGGCCGAGCAAAGAUCUCAGGUCGAGGAGCUUGAGGAUGAGUUACAGUUUACUGAGGACGCUAAACUCCGGUUGGAGGUGAAUAUGCAGGCGUUGAGGGCGCAGUUCGAGAGGGAUUUGCAGGCUAAGGAGGAGCAGGCCGAGGAGAAGCGGCGAGGACUGGUGAAACAGUUGAGAGACAUUGAGGCAGAGCUCGAGGAUGAGAGGAAGCAGAGGGCCGCUGCAAUUGCUGCUCGAAAGAAGCUUGAGGCUGAUUACAAGGAUGUGGAGCAGCAGUUGGAGAUGCAUAACAAAGUGAAGGAGGAUGCAUUGAAGCAGCUGAAGAAGCUUCAGGGACAGAUAAAGGAUUGCACAAGAGAAACUGAGGAGGCACGUGCAGGUAGGGAUGAGUUGGCUACCAUUGCCAAGGAGGCGGAGAAAAAGGUGAAGAGUUUGGAGGCUGAUCUGCUCCAGCUCACUGAGGAUCUGGCUGGAAGUGAGAGGGCUAGACGUGCUGCUGAAAAUGAGAGGGAUGAGCUCCAGGAGGAGCUCAAUAAUAAUGCGAAUAAAGGGACUCUGAUGCUCGAUGAGAAACGCAGGCUCGAGGCUAGAAUCGCUACGCUCGAGGAGGAGCUCGAGGAGGAGCAGUCUAAUAGCGAGAUAUUUGUCGAUAGAUCGAGGAAGGGACAAAUCACUAUUGAGCAGUUGACUACUGAUUUGGCUACUGAACGCUCGGCCACCCAGAAGCUCGAGUCCCAGAGAUUGCUCUUGGAAAGGCAGAACAAGGAGCUAAAGGCUAAACUUGCCGAACUCGAGACUGCCCAGAGGGCCAAGACCAAGGCCACCAUUCAGGCACUCGAAUCCAAGAUCAGUAAUCUCGAUGAACAGCUUGAGACGGAGGCGAAGGAGAGAUUCGCCCAACAGAAGGUCAACAGGAAGCUCGAUAAGAAACUCAAGGAGCUUGGACUACAGCUGGAGGACGAGAGGAGGAAUGCUGAUCAGUAUAAGGAGCAGGUAGAGAAGGCCAAUGCCAGGGUGAAGACACUCAAGAGACAACUUGAUGAGACUGAGGAGGAGCUCAGCAGGCACAAGGUACAAAAGAGGAAGGCGCAGAGGGAGAUGGAUGAGAUGAUCGAGUCACAUGAAAAUCUCACCAGAGAGGUGGCCAAUCUUAAGAGUAAACUCAGACGUGGGGGAGGGGCUCCAAUGGGCCUGAGCUCUACGAGACUGACGAAACGUGGAUCAGUCCAGACUGGAGGCUCUGGCGACGACUCAACCACUCAGGACGAGAGCAUCGACGGCGAGGAGAGUAUCAACUAAAUUCUCUCUCUCUCUCCCCCCCACCCUCUCUCUCCGUCUCUCUAUCUUAUCCAAUAACACGGUUAAAUAUCGCAUAAUAGCACGUCUAACCAUCAGUGAAAAACGCGAAUGGAAAAUGAGAGAAAAAAAUUUAAACAGGGGAUAAAUUUGGUGAUCAGUCACUGGUAUUCGAACAGGCAAACGAAGAUACGUAGAGAGCAAUUAUUUCCGUAAUUACAACAUUAUAAUUUUUAUUAUUAUUAUUAUUAUUUUUUUUUUUAAUUCAAAUUGCAAUUAUAUAUACGAAACAUGAUAAACUUCCAAAUGAGAUGCCAUCCGAGGGGGACUAGUAUUUAAAAGAAAAAUGAGGGGAGAUGAGGAAAAUGGAGCAAAUGUGUACAUAACUUUACAAGCUUAACUAACAUUGACCGCCGAGCGGUUUUAAUGCAGAUUAAAGGCGAUUGUUGAUUCAAUUAUUAUCGAGAACAAUUGAACAAUCGAAUUGGAGGUAGGGGAUAGGAGAAAAUGCAUGAGGGGUCAAAUCGCUGCAUAAUUAAUAUCCUAUGGAGACGAGGAAAAUUAAUGAAAAUCAUUAUUGAGGAGGGGAUGCAUUAACAAGCAGUAGGUAGGGAUAAGACAUUAAUGUUUAUUACUAUUACAUUAUUUUAUUACUAUUAUUACGAGACAGCAUCAUCCCGAAUAAUAUUCGAACGAAACCGUUAGUUAUUUCAGUUUUUUAAUGAUUAACGUGGUAAGAUAGAGACAAAUAAUAAAAUUAUGAAAAAUCAAUUGUUCUUUUUUUUUUUUAAUCAUGAUUUCGAAGGGAGAAUAGGUGGAGCAAUUUUGUGUUAUGAAAAUUUGAAAUUUUGAAAGAUUUCACGAUUUGGCAUUUACCUUUGCUUCCAGUAUUUCUCCUUUCUGCGGGGUGAAGGCUCCCAUUCUCUCAUUCUUUUUUUACCAUCUUUUAUACGAAUGUACCCGCACAUGCAUUUACACAGAUUUUUCGGCAUUAUUAUAUGUAUAAUAUAUAUUUAAUGAAAAUAGAGGGAUUUUCCCUUUUCAAUCUUUAUACAUUUGCAUUUUUUUCUUUUGAGAAUAAAACAAGAAUGAAGUUAAGGGUUUUUUUAUGAUUUUUUUUUUUUUGGGAGUCUUGGGGUGUACUUAAAUCAUGCCUCUCGAUUUUUCGUCAUCUGCGAACUGUUGAGGUGAAAUGAGAAGGAUUUCAUGACGUGGGGAAUUGAAUUUCGUGGGAGAUGCAGAAUCGAUGGGAUUCAAUUAUCAAUAUCUUGGGAUUGAGUGACGCGAUUUAGAUAAGUCUUUUCCUUAUUUUCAAAGUGUGGAAUGGUAUCUUGAAAAUGAGAAGAGAGACGGUGAAUUUCACACGGUUGAUAUUGAGAUAUUGGAUGUUGAAUAUCCAUUUAGUUUUGGCACAUAUUUAAAUCUUGAUGAUUUGUUUGCAAUUUCUUCCUGUCGUGUUAGGGAUGUUAAAUUGGUCUGAUUUUCGCAUUUAUUUCUAUGAAAACGAACAAUAAACAGAAAUUAAUCAACUGAACUGAAAUCAAGGAAGAAACGAAACUAGAAACGAAACCAUGAUUUUUUUACUCACGAUUUUUACAAAUUUAUCGAAGUAGGAAAAAAUAAUGAGUAACUUUGUAUUCAGAGACAUUUGGCAGACUUGAAUUCGUAUAUUUUUGAGUGGAAGCGAUCAUGAAACGGCUUUUGAGAAAUGGAGUGAAGAAGAAUGUGAAUUGUGUAUAUAAGUGAUUCAUUGGUCACUUGGUGAUUAUUCGUGGGGUAACGAGGGAAAAUAAUUCCAUCUGUGAUGUUUUGAGGGAUGAAUUCCACGUGAAACGACAGUAAGUGGCCAUCGAAUAAUUAAAAUAAGAUGAAAAAUCGUAGGUUGUAUUCAUGAAAUGAAUUUUGAUACAUUUUUAUAUAGAAAAUGGUAAUAACAGUUGCAUCUAAAUACAUAAGGAUAUAAUAAACAUGGAAUUUAGAAAAGAUGAGAACUUUAUUUAUUGGGUAUUGAAUAUU